AUGUCAUCAUUAUUGGAAGAAUUGACAAAGAAGAGAUCACUUAGGAAUGUGGAAACGAUCGUUACGAAUAAAGAUGGUUCAAAGGUUGUCAUCAAUAUGAAUCAAAAUGGACACGAGUCUGUUGGAUUGGCAGUGGAUGGCGCACCAUCAUGUGGCUACAUCAUUGAUAGAUCACCCGAUGACAAGGUGUACAAAUGCGACUUGUCCACAUAUGGCGACAAGGCACGCCUCUACAUUGGCUCACAGGAUGCAGCAUUCAAUCGAGAGGAACUAUCCCAUAACUCAAUCACAAUGAUUUUGAACGUUGGCUUUGGCAUCCAGAACGCAUUCACAGCCGACCCCUCCAUUACCUACCUAAGCGUGGACAUUCUGGACGAUAUUGAUCAGAACAUAGUCGAUUGCCUGCCACCAUGUUUCAAGUUCCUGGACGAGGCAAUCACUCGAGACACUGGCGUGCUGGUACAUUGCAAUGCUGGAGUGUCGCGCAGUGCUACGGUCCUGAUCGCAUUCCUCAUCCGUCGUCUGCGGCAGCCACUAUCCAUCUGUCACUCCAUUGUCAAGAGCGCUCGAAAACAAGUACAGCCCAAUCAAGGCUUCAUGAAACAGUUGGCCAACUAUGAGCGAGUAGAGUUGGCCAACCUCCAGCGACUGUAG